AUGACUCAAUCAGCACCUCCAUUAACCCUACAACCACCACUACCAUUGCACAUCCAUCAACCUACGACCACCACUACCAUUAAUGACUCAAUCAGCACCUCCAUUAACCCUACAACCACCACUACCAUUGAUGACUCAAUCAGCACCUCCAUUAACCCUACAACCACCACUACCAUUGAUGACUCAAUCAGCACCUCCAUUAACCCUACAACCACCACUACCAUUGAUGACUCAAUCAGCACCUCCAUUAACCCUACAACCACCACUACCAUUGAUGACUCAAUCAGCACAUCCAUCAACCCUACAACCACCACUACCAUUAAUGACUCAAUCAGCACCUCCAUUAACCCUACAACCACCACUACCAUUGAUGACUCAAUCAGCACAUCCAUCAACCCUACGACCACCACUACCAUUAAUGACUCAAUCAGCACCUCCAUUAACCCUACAACCACCACUACCAUUGAUGACUCAAUCAGCACCUCCAUUAACCCUACAACCACCACUACCAUUGAUGACUCAAUCAGCACCUCCAUUAACCCUACAACCACCACUACCAUUGAUGACUCAAUCAGCACCUCCAUUAACCCUACAACCACCACUACCAUUGAUGACUCAAUCAGCACAUCCAUCAACCCUACAACCACCACUACCAUUAAUGACUCAAUCAGCACCUCCAUUAACCCUACAACCACCACUACCAUUGAUGACUCAAUCAGCACCUCCAUUAACCCUACAACCACCACAACAAUUGACAACCUAAUCAGCACGUUCACCAACCCUUCAACCACCACUACCACUGACAACCCAGCCAGCACUUUCACAAGCCUUACAACCACCACAACCACUGACAACCCAACAAGUACCUCGAAGUCUACAACCACACCAACCACUGACAAACCAACCAGCACCACCACUAACCCUUCAACCACUGACAACCUAACCAGCACCUCCACCAACCCUACCACCACCAUAACCAUUGAUGACUCAAUCAGCACCUCCAUUAACCCUACAACCACCACAACCACUGACAACCCAGCCAGCACUUUCACAAACCUUACAACCACCACAACCACUGACAACCCAACAAGUACCUCCAAGUCUACAACCACCCCAACCACUGACAAACCAACCAGCACCUCCACCAAUCCUACAACCACUGACAACCCAAUCAGCACCACAACUAACCCUACAACCACCAUAACCAUUGAUGACUCAAUCAGCAUCUCCAUUAACCCUACAACCACCACUACCAUUGAUGACUCAAUCGGCACCUCCACCAACCCUACAACCACCACAACCACUGACAACCCAGCCAGCACUUUCACAAACCUUACAACCAACACACCCACUGAAAACCCAAGUACCUCCAAGUCUACAACCACCCCAACCACUGACAAACCAACCAGCACCUCCACCAAUCCUACAACCACUGACAACCCAAUCAGCACCUCCAAGUCUUCAACUACCAAAACCACUGAAAACCUAAUUAGCACCUCCAAUUCUACAAACACCCAAACCACUGGCAAACAAACCAGCACCAACAAGUCUACAAUCACCCAAACCACUGACAACCCAACCAGCACCUCCAAGUCUUCAACUACCAAAACCACUGACAACCUAAUUAGCACCUCCAAUUCUACAACCACCCAAACCACUGGCAAACAAACCAGCACCAACAAGUCUACAACCACCCAAACCACUGACAACCCAACCAGCACCUCCAAGUCUACAACCACCCAAACCACUGACAACCCAACCAGCACCUCCAAGUCUACAACCACCCCAAACCACUGCAACCUAACCAGCACCUCCAGUCUACAACCACCCGAACCACUGACAACAUACCAACGUCUCCAAGUCUACAACCACCCCAACCAUUGUCACCUCAAUCAGCACCUCCACUGA